UCGUGACAUACUCAGAAUGUUACGGCGUCAUGGUGCUUAUAGCUACAAACACAUGUUGGUGUCGGACUCUGAAACUGAGUCCGAUAAUAGGCUUACUGAAAUUGCUGUUGCUGGUGGAUCAAGGAGAAGGAACCCUAGAGGGAAGAGAAACAACGGAAAGGGGAAGAAAUCGCUUUCAGCUGACGAAGCUGACGAAGUUGCUAGACCAUUCAAGUCCAAACACACUAGUACUCUUGAUCGAGAUGCUUUAGUGGAGCUUGCAAAGAAAUACCAAGAGCACAUGAAGAAAAUUCCUCUUCCAACAGGUCAUCUGGACGCAAUAGUGUUUGUGAAUUGGAAAGGUUUGGCCCAAAACUUGAAGCGAUUGUAUAGACAACCGUUACAUUAUCUUACUUACAUGCUUUGUAAGGAAUGGGAUAAGUCAAGAUUUGGAAGUGAAGAUGAAGGGAAGCCAUUGAAUACCAUUUUGAGUUGGCGUGACGCUGAAGACGCUAUAUGGAAAGUUGAAACAGUUCAUAGGACUUGCACUUCACCAAUUCAUCUUGCAAUGCUUUGGCUUGGUGACCCAGAAUAUCAUGUUAUUGUCAAUGAAGUUAUUCCAUCCCGUUCAAGUUGAUGAAACAAUGCCCCUUUCAUAAAAUCUAUGUCGUUCAAAUUAGCAGUUACUGCUAGUAAUUUAUGUAUCUCUUCAACUUUACUUCUUUAAUGGUAAUUUGCUUUGACAUUUUGGAUGUAACCGUGGUUUAA